CGACGGUGCAGCUGUCAGGAACCAUGACUGAAGAUGACGGAUUCUGUUGUCGUGGAGGGAUACUGCAGACUCCGAGAUGGGAAAAAGUGGAAAACUAGAUGGCUCGUGCUGCGCAAGCCUUCACCCGUAGCAGAUUGCCUCGUGCUGCUGGUUUUUAAAGACAAAUCAGACAAAGUUCAGGGCAACAAAGAGAGGGCGAGCGUCACCUUGGAGGAGAUCUGCGGCCUGGAGGCCGGGCAGUGGUACGAGGGAGUAGCUUUUACACUGACCGUCCUCUGCUUGAAUCAAGCGGCUCUACUGGGCUUCGACAGCAGGGAGGCCCUGCAGGCGUGGGCCAUCCGCCUCCGAUACAGCCUUGGAGAAGUUCAUAGUUUCAGCGUUGGAGUCUUACCAGGGACCAAGUUGGAGAGCGGACCUGCAACUCUCCAUUUGUGCAACAACCUACUGGCGCUCUCCCGGGACAUCCCUCCCGCCAUCAUCGCUCACUGGAACCUGCCCGACCUGCGCAGAUAUGGACCUGUGCCCAAUGGAUUUGUGUUCGAAGGAGGGACAAGAUGCGGUUACUGGGCCGGUGUGUUUCUGCUGGCAUCAGCAGAGAGUGAGCAGAUCAGCUUUCUGUUUGACUGCGUCGUCAGAGGCAUCUCCCCCAGCAGGGGACCGUUCGGCCUGCGACCCGUUCUGCCAGAGCUCAGCUCGUCCCAGGCGAGUUCAGAGGAGAAGCUGAACCAUGAGGCAGAGGAGCUGGAGAAGCGACUGAGCAUGCUCUCCCACGGGAGCAGCACAGGGGCCUCCUCUACAUACUGCCCGUCUGUCGGGGGGGACGACCGCAGUAUAUCCGGUUCUUCUGACGCGUCCGACACCAAGCCGCUCAGACAGCAGCCUCGGCAGCCGGACUGGUCAUCUGGGCCGAACCCGCGUCCGUCCCGCCCGCAAACGUCGGCCCGGCUAAAACGCCGCCGCAGAUCGUGCGAAAAGCUUCCAGCCAACCAGGGAGUCGUAAGCAGACCGGCCUCCAAGACGCCCCGGCAGCUGCAGGAAAUCGGCCGUCAGAGUUCCUCCGACAGCGGCAUCGCCACCGGGAGCCACUCCUCGUAUUCGGGCAGCUUCUCCUCGUACACGGGUAGCCUGGACAUCACCUCCGGGGAGGACUUCGGCUCCGUUUUCAGCUUGCCUCCCCACCUGGCCCAAGAACUGAGCCCGUGCACGUGCACGGCCGAUCGUGGACGUGAAUAUCAGGUGCAGCUCCAGCACCGGCACCGGCGCACGCUCUUUAUGACACCCCCCAGGAGUCUGCUGCAGGAAAUAAGUGGGGAUGCCAACAACAAUGAGCCCUCCUCUUCAGCUAAAGACACUCUGGCCCCUUCAGACCUCCCGACUGAGACAGAAAGAGGGAGUAAAAUCAGCGCUGAUGGUCUCUCAGACGCCUCAGAGAGACAGUCAAUAAGUGAACACUCACAAGGCCUUCCAGACGAGGGCAGGAAACCAAAACGGCGCCCUCUAGUGACGCUUGUCACACUUGCAGCUCUCUCACGUCUGCUUCCAAAACCACGGGGUUACUGUAUGGAUUACCUCGCAGUCAGGUGGCAGCAGCUUGUGCGCGCAGGCUUCAGCGGCGUAUCAUCUGCUCCGUGGCUCGCUGUCAAAGCGAACGGGGUGAUAACGUGCGGGCUGAAGGCGAUGGCGCUCUGCGUUCGGUGGCAGAACAACCGACGGACCCACGGUCCAUCUGUCGAACAAAUUAGCAUCGCAGCAGCCAGUUUACUGAGACGCUGCUGUGGAACAGAGCAGAGGAUCCCUGUGAACCCCCUUGAAUACACAUCCUUCCACUUUAGAAAUGGGUGUUUUAGAUCAAAUACCAAUUUUAUUUCUCUUUCCCCCACAGGGGACACUUUAUACCACUCAAGUUCGUUAGUGACACCAGUGAAGAAAACUCUGCAGAAGUCCUCUCCCGGUUCCGGAAGCAUCCGCUCCACAGAGCCGCCGGGAGUGAAGACGGGCGAGGAGUCGGCGCCGUUCAAAAGAGGAGAGAAAUUAGCCGGCCUCUUAUCUGAUCUGCUCAGCUUUCCGAGCGCAGACAGGCGGCCAGAGGCAAAGGCACACAGGCUGAACCUGUACGAAUCAAUGAGCCCGGCUUUGGGACACGGGCCCAGCUCGACACCUGCCGUACCUCCACAAGACCAUCAAGACAAAAGGCCUGUCAUUUAUGAAAACUGUACCAAGUGUCGGCGAGCGCACUGCCACCCUCCUCCGCGUGCCAUGCCUGCUAAAAGGUACGGCAGCGGGGACAUUUCCACUUUUCAAGCCUUCCCAAAUGGGCCGCACCUGACGGAGAGCCAAGAACGUGACUGUGCGGCCGAUGAGGAGCCGCUCCAUCAGUCUCUCAGAAACAUAGACGGCCGGAGCCAGCACGAGGAGAUGAAUGGUUGGACUGUAAACUGUGAAGACGAAAAGCGUCAUAGCAAAGGCGAAAGGUGCAGAGCUGAUCCUGCUUACGCCACCAUGGAGAGUUGUUUGACGGAGAGGAACGUGGAGAUUGCGGGGAGCGGUGCUGGCUGUCUCUGCACGUUUAAGGCAGAAGAGAAGAGCAAGUAUGAGCUAAUGGGCAGCUAUGGCCAGAGGAGGUUUCUUCACGAGGCUGAAGGGCCGGUGUUUGCCUGCCCUCCAGAGGCUCCGCUUUCUGACAGAUCUCGCAACGAAGGCGCGACGUACGUCAAUAUUCCCGUCAGUCCCACGUCUAAGAAACAAGUGAACUACAUGGAGCUGGAGCUGCAGGAGCCGGGCCCCGGCGCCCGAGGGACCGGCGCACAUCUGCCAGCUCAGAGAAAGAGCUCCACCAGGUACGCCCACAUUGACAUCACGGCCACCGAGACGGCCCAUAAGGUCGGUACGCAGCACGCUCUGGGUCGACAGGAGGGCCUGCAGACCCUGGAGCUGAGGCGGAAGGGGACGCCACGUUGACGCACCACAAAGUUUUGCAAGAGCCCCGGCUUUAACGAACCCCCGUUCUGCUCCAUCUGUUGAAAAAAUAUAUUUCUUGCUUGGAUGUCACCAGCCGUUUACACAUGAUGAAAUCCCCAGAAUACAUUUGUCUCACGCUUGCAGCCUGAGAUUUGCUUUACAAACUCGCUGGAAGGUGGAACUCCAUCAGGAAGGUUUGGCACGGGGCUCAGGAGCGACAUUUCAAAAAAAGUUUGCGAACUCAGGCAUACCAUUAUGUCAGCUGAAGGAUGAUGUGCCAGUCCUGAGCUGAGCCGCUGGCCCGAACAGACCCAGGCGGAGCGGCAUUACAGAGCCAGCUCAGGCCAUCCGUCAUUACAUGCAGCAUGCUGCUUUUGCAAAUGAGCCGGGGUAGCUGUGGGAAAGGAAGCGGAGAUUGUUUAUUAUCAUGAGGAGUAAACCCUUAUUUAUUCCUCACUGGUCAGUAAUUUCAUUUUUUAGCUGCAACAGAACUCUCUGAAUGUAUUCAAAUGUGGGUAAAUGUCAUCAGGACUCGCUGCUCGACCUUGUGAAUGACUGGACGUUGGUUCUGCAGCAGGAUGCUCCUGCGUGCAGACCUGGUUAAUCUGGUAAUGAAAGGAUUACAGCAAGUGAGCAGAAAGCUGAUGCUGCUUUAGUUUUCCUGUCUGAGAAAGUCUUCAUAAAUAAUGCAGAAUGUUCUCUUUGAAGACUUUCUAUGGAAAUAUGUUUAACGAUGGCACCAAAUGUUAUGUAUUUAAUCCUUUUAAAUUGUUCAUAUUUUGAAUUUGAGUUCACAUUAGCAUUUUACAACUGUUUGACAAAUGUGUUUUGCAUACCUGCACUCUCUCACUAGAUAUAUUGUUUUGUGUCAUUCUGCUGUGAUCAAACUAUAUUUUUAUUAACAUUGAUUUGCUUGUUUUCUACUUAAAUGAUAUGGAUUGUUAUAAAAUGUACACGUGAAGACACGAUGUACAGCUAAGAUGUAUCGAAAGAGUUAAAGAGCAUCGCCUGCUAUCUAAAUAACCAUAUUUUUUUCCAUGUAACUUGAUUUUUCAUGCCAGUUAUUUAUAAAUAUAUCUCCAACUUUGAGUUUUUCUUUUUUCAUUCAAUCAUCGGGACGUUUCCAUCAUGUACAGUUUUAAUCCUGUUUGUUAUAGUGUUAUAUAAAUCAUCCUU